AUGAUGCCGAGCUUGUCCCCACAUAUACCAAUUCCACGGCCCUCCUAUUCCCAGGCCAGGGAGAACCUGGUGAAAGCCAUCCCACCUAAGCUUCUCUGUCUGCUGGCCUGCGGAGGAAUAGACUGUCGGUAUGAGGGACCUGAGUGCUGGAAAUUAAACCAACAGGCGAUUCGAGGACUUUUCUCCUCCUGGGUGACGGAAGAUAUAGUUGCCAUGGCACGACCAUCCAACAACUUAAUCAAGAAGUACAACAUUAUUGAUCAGUUUCAAAGGUUUAACAUCCGAUCAGUCAUCAACAUGCAGCUCCCGGGGGAGCAUGCUCACUGUGGACCCCCUCUAGACCCUGAGAGUGGUUUCACAUACUCCCCAGAGAUCUUCAUGGACAAUGAAAUUUAUUUCUACAACUUUGGGAUGCCAGAUUUUGGCGUGACGUCUCUUGUUGGGAUCAUCGAUGGGGUGAAGGUUCUGGCCUUUGCAGUGCAGGAAGGACGAGUGGCUGUGCACUGCCAUGCAGGUCUGGGCAGGACAGGUGUCCUGAUAGCCUGUUACUUGAUCUACACCCUACGCAUCAGCCCCAGUGAGGCAGUCCACUAUGUUCGCAUUAAAAGGCCUCGUUCAAUCCAAACGCGGGCACAGAUAAACCAGGUGUUUGACUUUGCUCGUCUGCUUGGCACACAACUGGUUCAGUACCCAGACCUCAGUCUGCGGCAUGGAGCCCCAUUCACCCUGCAGCACUACUUAAAUCGACAAGGACUGCUUUUGCACGGUCAGGAGGCACGCAAACUAAGAUACACACCCAAGGUGGUGUACCUUCUGUGUGUGCGUCUUUCCUGCUUAGCUCUGGGUCUGCCUUCUCCCCUAGAGGUCCAGACUGAGCUGGAGAAGAGGUCAGCACUCAGAACCCUGGGUAGGACUGUGAAAGAGACCCUUGUUUCCAAACAGUACUUGCCUUUGCUAAAUGAGGGCCGUAAAGGUUCGUGGGCAAGAUCAGUGUCUGUGUCCUCCUGGGAUGAACCACUGGGAUUCUUGGAGAGAAAACGGGACAUAUUGCUGGACAAACGCAGCUAUAGUGACUCUGAUCUCAGUAAGAUCACAGCACAUGAGGACCUUGAGCUGAGUCCAUACUGCACUGCAGUACUUGGAAAUGAAAAACACUGGUGUGUGAAGGAUCUUAUUCGAGCUGAUCUGAGACCAGUUAGUCCAGUACUUGGCAAAUUUUCAUCAGACCACCAGACUACACUAAAGGAAUCUAAUACACUUAACGUCCCCAUGUCUAACAUGAGAGCAAGCAGCAGCUGUGCAAAGAGGACAAAGUAUGCAGCUAAAAAGGCUUUUCCAAAAUGCAGCUCCAACAUGGAGUUAUGUAGAAAUCCACACAAUCCUGGCCCAACAUCUAUGGCCCGGCUAGUUGCCAAAGCAAUGGCAGAACAAGGUCCUCCAGGAGACACUACUCUGCAGAGAUCGGCUCUGCUACAGGAGGAACUGAACAGCAGUGACUGUGGCUGGGCUCUGCUGGUCACUGAGUCAGAUCCUCUUGUCCUCUCUUGCCUCUUAUGGACCUGGCUAGAAAAGUUAAGGGACCCUGUUCUGAGCACUGAGGAUGUAGAAAAGUUGAGAAUUGGAGGAAGCAACACAAAGCCUCUCACUGUGCUCAAGAAGCCACAAAGACACACUAUCUACUGUCUCCUGAGCUGUGUGAGCUCAGUCACCAGCCUGUGUCCACACAGAGAGGAUGCAGUGCUCCAGCGGCUGAUGUUUGCACUUACAAGGCGACCUCAAGAGGAAGUGGGAGGCCUUGCACCUUUGAUGAAAAUCCUGAAGGCCAGUUUAAGAGAAACCUUCCACAAUUACCGAGACUUCAAGAGGGCCUGCAGUACAAGCGCUACACUUUAAAGGACAAAGUUCAAAUUGGAUCGAAAGAAACUAAAAAACAUUUGAGUUUGGACCAAAUCAAGAGGCAUGAUAGGCUUCAUCUAGGUCAUAUAUUUUGAUAAAUCCAAGUUCAGACGAACAGGACAUGACGUAUUACACUAUGUUGUAAUUCAUUUAAUAAAAACUAUGCCAAUGUUUAAAAAUUUGUAGUAGGCUACAUCCCCUGAUUUAAUAGCUCGUAGAACCACCUUUUACAACAGCAACUCAAAGUAACUGAGUAUUUGAUGUUAUCAGUCUUUGACAUUCCUAAAACGGAAUUUAUCCCACUUUUCUUUGCAAUUUUGUUUCAGAUCAUUUACAUUUUCAGGUAUUUGUUCACACACAGCUCUCUUAAUGUCCCACCACAGCAUUUCCAUGGUUCAAAUUUCAAGGUUGACGUCUGGACAUUGACUGGGUCACUGCAACACCUUGAUUCUUUUCAUUUCAGCCAUUCUGUUGUCGAGUUCCUGCUGCGCUUGGGAUCAUUUUGCUGCUGCAUGAAGCAUUUUGGGCUAAGCUUUAGGUGUCAGACAGAUGGACACAUUUAGCUCUUAUAUACUUUGUUAUUUAGAGAAGUUCCACUCAAUGACUACAAGAUGUCCAAGUUCUGUGACAGCAAAACAAGCCUCAUUCAC